AAAUGGCAAUGUAAAAAAUAUCAUUUGCUUAAAGUUAAAUCUAUAGAUUGGCACGUACAUAGUGGAGCGUUUUAAUCACUUAAUUAAUACUGAUGCCCAGAAGUCGUCAGUCUGUGUUCAAGAAUGGGAGUUACGAUCACCUGAGCGCGAAGGUCGCUUUGUGGAACGGACCCCAGGACUUUUGAAACUAGCAUGAACAUUUGUCUGUUACUGUCAUAAUUUUCCCUUUAAUUAAAAUGUUAGUAAAUGGCCACUGAAAUUGAAUCCGCACAAUACAUUGAUAUUGCGCAUGGGUGCAGCCAUCAUAACGUUAAAGGACAGCAUUGUCUCUACAGCAACAUAACAAUUAUCAUCACGUCCACGUGCUGUGCAUGUGUGGGAAUGGCUGUUAUUCACAAUGGAAGCACGUCAAUUAUCAUCAAGUUAGUAUUGACGCCGACGCCAUUAAACCGUUACUAUAUUAACAUCGGUAAACGCCGCCGUUGGACAGUCGACUUUUGUCGAUAUAGAUAUUGCGAAUCAGACCUGUUUCUCUCACAAGGGUCGAGAUGAUAUUUGUGGUCAUUUGCGUCGGUUGUCUUGCCGUCUACACCUAUUAUGGUGGGUUCCGACGAAGAAAGUCUGCACCGAAGCUGUUCUAUGGUGAUUCCAAACUCCACGAGUACGUUAUAAAUAAAGUACCACGGCUGAAAGAACCUUACACCCCGCCGUGGGGACUCGGCAAUAGACAUGUACAUACAAUUAUCUGUUGUCUGGAGUUCUCGCCUCUGAACUACAAGAGAGAAAACGUACAUUUACCGGACGGUGGUCUCGUUUCUCUUGACUGGUUGGACAACGAGGCGUGUCUGACGGACACAAGUCCCGUGUUGGUCGUAAUUCCAGGGGUGGGGGGAGGGAAGGGGGGUAUUAGCAAUGUGUGCAAGAUGGCGGCCGGGAGAUUCAGAGUUGCAGUGUUCAACAGGCGCGGUCAUUGUGGUUCCUUACUCACAACACCGCGUCUCCAGUGCUUUGGGGAAACAAGUGACUUUCGAUACUGUGUGGAGCAUAUUCACCGGAAGUUCCCUAAGGCUGCUAUGGCUGGCGUUGCUUACUCCGCAGGAACGGCUAUACUGAGUAGGUAUUUGGGUGAGUACGCUGGGAGGUCGUACAUCGGCCCCUCUGUAUUCAUAGGGUCGGGAUUCGAUCUACCUGAAUUUGAGGCCAUGAUCACCGUAUAUGAGAAAUUUAUAGUAUAUAUGCUAAAAACCUCUUUGGUUAAACCGAACGAACAUAUUCUGAAGCCAGUUGUGGACAUCCAAGCUGUUUACAAUUCAAAGUCUAUAGAGGAAUUUGAGGGUCACCUCUACUUCAAGAUGCAUGGGUUCAAGGACGCUGAUGACAUGUGGCUGCACAACGACCCAAUGGCUAACGUUGAUUCAGUUGUCUCCCCUGUGUUGUGUAUCAACAGUCUGGACGAUCCGAUCUGUGUUGCUGGCAACAUACCCUAUGAUCAUUUCCAGCGGCCUAACUGGAUGUUGGUGACGACAGAGAAAGGUGGUCACUGUGGAUUCAUAGAGAACUACAAGCUUGAAUCCUGGGCAGGGAAACUGGCUGUGGACUACAUCGAUGCAGUGUUGGAGUAUCAAGACGCAAGAGAGGAGGACAUUACACCUAAAUGUUGAGAUAUCGUGUGACAAAACUUUCUGAUAUAAUCACAAAUACAUUUUAGUGAUUGUCUAUGUUGAUUGGUCAGUUGAUGAAGCCACAGUGCUUAAUUGUUAAAACAUACACUUUGACGUCAUCCAUUGUUCAUGUCGUAACAAAUUGAUAAUAUUACGUCAUCUGAGCAAUUUGCUGGCUUCAGUUAAGAUUUUCUCAGUAACCUUGACAUUUGAUACGAUUUACCUUCAUUUUCUUUUUUAAACUGAUACUGAGUUAUUCGGAAUUACAGAUUACCUGUCCAUGCUGUAACUCGCCAUAAACUUCUAGGAAUCAUUCACUCAGGACAGAUGAUGUAUAAUUCCUCAUUGUUGAUUCUCAAAUUAUGUUACACCCAUCGCCCAUCGUUGAACUGCGGAGAUAUUAAAUCCCUGA